UACAUCAGUAACCCAAUACCGCGGCGUGAACUGUAAGACUAACCGGAAGCCAAAGAGGGUUGCGGGACUGAUGCGCUGCGCCUUCAUCCAGCUGCAGCGUCCCAAAGCGCAGGGCACCGGCGAUGGCGGAGAUGCGGUUUCCCCGCUUCACGACACCGGGCUACUUCGGUUUAUUCCUCGGAACCAUUCUGACGCCGCGUGCGCACGAGAGCGACCGUUAAAAUUCAAAUCGUGGACCACCGAGCUGACGUUUGCACGCUAACGGUCCCCGACUAACCUCUGCAUUAUCCCGAGGAAGGGUUAAACGUGUGGGUGUUUUGUCCCAAUUUAGGAUCUUUUUUGUUCUUCAAUUUGGAAAAGGACUCCUUUUUUGGGGGGGGGAUUCUUUAGGCGUAUUAAUUUUAAAUGGGUGAAAACGGGACCGUGUUUAAGCUUUUAAGGGGAUUUUUUACGGUAGUGAAGAAGUGCUCGUGCUCAUCAUAUUCAGCCUUGGUAGUAACGCUGUAGUAUAACCUUCACGUUCCCUUCAAUGACAGCUAGUACAGCCGGCUCGGUGUGUUAAUCGAUAUUAUCACAAUUUCGUUAUUGAUUUAUUAAGUCGAAUUUGACGGAGGGAUGAGAGAGAAAAUACAGGCGGAAAGGACGAAUUAUAGGUACUUGUUAACAUCCGGUGGGACGCGUUUGACUCUCAGAAGCAGCUUCAGGUGUCGAGGGUUUGACAGUUGGUCAGUUUAGUACAGACCCAUCCAUCCAUCCAUCCAUCCAUCCUUUCAGCCAGUCUUUUAUCUCUCGUCCAGUUUCCUUGCCUGCUUGCUGAAAUAAAACAAAAAAACAUGGCCUCUGGAGCUACCAGCCUCGUCUCCUCCAUCGCCAGCAAAACCAAAACGAAGAAAAAACACUUCAUGCCGCAGAAGAAGAAGCUUUUCCGCUCCAGUGAUCCUCUUCUCAGCGUGUUGAUGUGGGGGGUCAACCACUCGAUAAAUAACCUCAGUCACAUCCAGAUCCCUGUCAUGCUGAUGCCUGAUGAUUUCAAAGCCAACUCCAAAAUCAAAGUGGACAAUCACCUCUUCAACAAAGAGAAUAUGCCAAGCCAUUUCAAGUUUAAAGAGUACUGCCCUCUUGUCUUCCGCAAUCUGAGGGAGAGGUUUUCCAUCGACGAUCAGGAGUAUCAGAACUCUCUGACACGGAGCGCGCCGAUACCGAGCGACGCCCAGGGACGCAGCGGCGCACGCUUUCACACCUCUUACAACAAGAAGUACGUCAUCAAGAUUAUCACCAGUGAAGAUGUGGCUGAGAUGCACAACAUCCUGAAGAAGUAUCAUCAGUAUAUAGUGGAGUGCCAUGGCAACACGCUCCUGCCUCAGUUCCUGGGCAUGUACCGCCUCACGGUGGACGGAGACGAGACAUACAUGAUCGUCACGCGCAACGUGUUCAGUCCCCGUCUACCUGUGCACAAAAAAUACGACCUGAAAGGGUCCACAGUGUCCAGAGAGGCUAGCGACAAAGAAAAGCCACGCCCACCUGAAGAUGGAGCUCCAGCCAAAUCUCGCAUGAGCCAAAAGCUCCAAACUAUUCGGAUCGCUACACGCUUUUACUGCGCCAUCAGACACACUAAGGAGCUCCCAACGUACAAAGACAACGACUUCAUCAACGAUGGACAGAAGAUCUAUAUAGAUGAUGAGAACAAGAAGAUGUUCCUGGAGAAGCUAAAGAACGAUGUGGAGUUUCUAGCCCAGCUGAAGCUAAUGGACUACAGCCUGCUUGUUGGACUCCACGAUGUGGAGCGUGGAGAGCAGGAACAGCCGGAGGAGGAGAUCGAAGAGAACGAAGGAGGAGAGGAGGAGGGAGCCGAGAGCGAUGGAGGAGUGACCGGGUCACCACCCGAGAGUCCCAGCAACACACUCGACAGCAACAAGCCACUGGGGCCGGGAGAGUUCGAUCCCAGCGUGGACGUCUACGCCAUACGCAGUCACGAGAAUGCCCCAAAAAGAGAGGUGUACUUCAUGGCAGUAAUCGACAUCCUAACGCCAUACGACGCUAAGAAGAAAGCAGCACAUGCGGCUAAGACAGUGAAGCACGGGGCUGGAGCCGAAAUCUCCACGGUUAAUCCGGAGCAAUAUUCCAAAAGGUUGUACGACUUCAUCACCACCAUUCUGUCCUAACCGUUGCCUGAGGUCAGUAUCAAGACCCUGAGUUCAGGCCUCCAACCUACAGAAAGGCUUUUAAUGGGAUCCGUGAACAUUUACUAGAGCUGUCUGUUUACAGUUGUUUUUUGUUUUUUUUUGUUUAUUUUUUAAAUGAAUACUUUAAUAAAUAGGUUUAUGGCUGUGGAUGGACAAACAUAUAGCUGUGCGUUAUACUGUGCUGUAUAUCUGUAUUAGAUAUCGUUGAUUGGGAUGUUGAGUGAUGUCAUUGUGUGUUCAUGUGGAAACCUCAAAGCUGCUUUUUACUCUUAUUCCGUCUUUGUUUACUGCAAGAAGACAAGGCCACUUUUCUAAGCCUGGGGAAGGCAUUGUUUUAGACCAAGGCUGCUUUUACACUUUAGUCGCCCUGUAACCAUGACAACGCUCCUAACUAGUGUCCUCUAUCUUGCUCGCUGGAUUAGAUUUAUUAUUCUUCGCAAUGCAGAUGACACGAAAACUCUGCGAUGAGGAGGUUGUUUGCCUUCGCUGUAGCUAUGGAGGCAAAAAAACAAGAGAUAAAUUGAGGCGUGUCAUCACGUACUGCUGGACAUCACAAAAGUGGACACUGAUGUUGUUUUUUUACACUGCGACGUUUGGCAGAGAAACAUUUGCUAGUCAGCAUGUCGUAAAUCUCCUGAUAUUCACUCCGCAACCGUGUCCCGUAGGCUUACAUGCGAAAUGUUGCACGACGAGUGUGAAAGCAGCCUGACGAGGGUUUUCAGUCAGGGAUCUCACACUGACAGCACAAAUGAUUACCUGUCGCUGCAAACGCUGGUCCUUAGUAUCUACAGAUUGAUCUAACUGCAUUUGAAAUUAUAAAUCCAUUCUGGAUUGUUUUUAAUCUUCCCCUAAGCACUUGUGCCCUUUCCCUUUAGACAGAGAAAUAAUGAGAUUUUGUAGUCUAUUUAGAUUCACAGCCGGCAGCAGAGUUUAUUCUAGAGAAGCUUAUAAGUAGAAGACCUAUAAAAGUCGUUUGCACGUGAUCUACAGCGGGGGUUCGGAGUACGAUCCAGCCACACAGUCAAUCUUAAACCUCUUACUCGGUCAGAUCAGGAGGAGAAGACUCGACGGCUGGAUUCCAGAACCGCUGAUCUACUGCACCAAAAUAUUUAUGCAAGUCAUGCCAAUUUUACCACUGACACGAGGGUUAUGCAAUAGUAGUGAGACUGUAGUGAGAUCUUAGAGGGAAACUCCACCCUGAAGGAUAAGAUGAAUAGGUUUAUUCUGAAAUAUUUGUGACGUGUUUAGCGAUUCUGGGGCUAAUUAGUUAGCCGAUGCCUUCAGAGAUAGCUCUUGAAUACAGAGUUGCCAAAACAAAUACAUUAUUCUUCCAACAUCAUAUAUAUAUAUAUAUAUAUAUAUAUAGAGGAAGCAAAGACUUUACCGCAGACUAAAAAAGUCCCAGCAGAAACCAGGCUCAGCUAAUCGGCGAGCUGUGAGAUGACGAGGCGACGGCAGUACUGGUGAAAGGUCUGGACAGGCUAAAGGAUUAAAGUGUCGCCGCAUUGCUGUCUAUAGAGGGCUGAAUCACACUGGACAGCUUUCAGCACAGCAUUGUGGGUAAUGUAGGAAACUAUACAACAUAAAUGUUGAGAAUAAAUCCAGAUGUGCAGAUUAAUAUGCAACGUAUUCAGGGUGGAUUUUUCCUUGAAGCUGUGUUUCAAUUUAGAUUGAAUUAGAUUAUAGAAGGAAUAGAGAUUAUUAUUAUUAUUAUUAUUAUUAUUAUUAUUAUUAUUAUUAGCACAUUCUAAUGUUUUUAUUCUUGGAGAAAGUUUUGUGUCCCUUUUUCUUCUUCUUCUUCUUUUUUUUUUUGCAGCAAUGCAUUUGUGCAGGUUUAAAAUGGACCGUUCUUCCACUAGGAAUGUUCUUAUAAUCGUUGUUUUUUGCUUAACUUUUCAGCUAACUAAGCUAAACCCAGGAGAAUGAUUCUUAUGAUUCUUACAGCUCUGCGUCUUGCCGUCUGUGUGUUUUUCUCUCUCCUCUCAAGCCUGUAACUCUGAACGUUAGUAUUAUAUAACCAUGUAGUUCUAGCUGUAUGUUUUCUUUCCUCCAGAAUAUCGUCCUGGCACUCAGACCAUCUGCCCGUAUAUCUCGCCAUCAUCGAUUUACACUGUGCAAGAGUGUGCCUUUUUUUAACUCGGGAUCAUUUAAUUUUGUAUCGUCCGUCCGUUCGUUCGUUCGUUCGUUUGUUUUUAAAGAGAAGUUUGCAGACGUCCUUUUCUACAACGGGACAGGUGAUCAGGGCGAAUCCUGCGGCGCUUUUGCUCUUCCCGUGACGUGUAAAUAUAUUAGUAUAAGAUAUCUAAUGACUGAACGUCGCUCCGGACGACUCCAGAGUUAAUCCAGCAGUUGUGUCUCAGUGUUUGAUAUAUUUGAAGUGCGAUGUUUCUUGUGCAGCUUUUGAAAGAGAUUUUUCGAAAAAGGUAUUCACAGUACAGUGCUGGUCUUGUGUAUUAAUGUCAGUGGAUCUGAUUUCCUAGCUACAAACGAAAGACUAUAAGCCAUGCCGUGUGAAUUUUUAAGGCAGAACUUUUUAACCCUGAAAGUUACAGACCUCUGCGUGGACCGUACUCCGUUUGCCUGAUGUCUGUUCAUGACAUUUCAGCCUCACACACACACACACACACACACACACACUACUGUACAAAGAUAUAUCUCUUCCCCCUCAUGUGUUUUUCCAAUGCAAAAACCUCUCCUGAAAAUGACCAGUUGCACUUUGUGUCGUAACGAGUGUCAAAGGAAAGAUAUGGAAAUGCUUCCAGUGUGGAUGAAGAAAGGAGAAAAGGACAAAACCCUUUAAGAGAACGCUGUGAAAGACACACGCUACGACACGACCAGCCGUCUGCCUGCUCGUCAUCGCUGUCGUUAAUCCUGUCAUGACUGUGUGCAGUUUUUUUCCCAUGUAUGUGUUCAGACACUCGAACAUCAGCAUCGCUUAAUAAAAUGAUGCUUUACUCAA